AUGUCAAUGAUAUGUUUCGUGAUUGAAUUUUUAUUUGCGAACGAAAAUCAAGUAAUACGAAUAUUUCAAAUUCUUAUACAUCACCCACAUAUUGACUUUAUUGAUCUUGGUACAAAUAUUGAAACUUUAUGUCAUAAUAAUUUAAAUCCUCUGCUUUGUUUUUCAAUUGCAUAUUUUUAUAUUUCAGCAACAACGACAACUGCAUUGGUUUUACCUUCACAAUGUUAUGAAUACACAAUAAUUAACGAUGGAACCAGACAUGUUAAUGCUGCUGGUAGUAAUAAUUGCGACACAAUAUUCUUGUCUGCUUCUACUUGGAUUCGUUUUAUUGGUGAAAGUGGUACACAAUUAUCCACAUCACCGACUAAUCCUAAUCAAUGUGGUACACAAGUUACGGGAUGGUAUUCAGGACGUAUGCCAUUUGCCUCAGAAACGAUAACAGAUGGAAGAGUAUGUUUUUCAUGGGAGAAUAAUAUUUGUCAAUGGUCGAAAACAAUAAGUAUUACGAACUGUGGAUCCUUCUAUAUCUAUAAAUUAACGAUGCCUCCACUAUGUGCCGCACGUUAUUGUACGAAUACACCAAAUAUUAUCACAACAACUUCAACAACAACUACAACAACAACUUCAAUAACAACUACAACAACAACUAAUACAGCUAUCAUCUCUCCCCAAUGUCAUACUUACGCAAUUAUAGAUGAUCCAUCAAGAAGUGUAAACGCCAAUGGUUACGGCUCGCAAUGCGAUCAACAAAAUCAACUCUUUUUCACUCCAAAUUGGUUUCGAUUUAUUGGUUCAGGUGGCACUCAAAUACCUACAUCAGCAGCAAAUCCUCAUCAGUGUAGUACAAGUGCAGCAGGUUGGUACUCAGGCAUCAUGCCAUCUAUGCCAGAUACUACUGUGCCCACAACAACAGCUACAUUAGCGUUCAAUCCUCAAUGUUACAGUUAUACGGCAAUUGAUGAUCCGUCAAGAAAUGUAAAUGGUAAAGGUUAUAGCUUACAAUGUGAUCAAGAUAACCCGGCCUUUUCCACUCCAAAUUGGUUUCGGUUUAUUGGUACAGGUGGCACUCAAAUACCUACCUCAAUAGCAAAUCCUGAUCAGUGUGGUACAAAUGCUGCAGGUUGGUAUUCAGGAAUUAUGCCGGCUGUGUCAGGUACAACUGCGACUGGAACAGUGUGUUAUUCGUGGGGAGGUAGUCCUUGCAGUUGGUCUAAUGAUAUUCAGGUUACCAACUGUGGAUCAUUCUAUGUCUAUAAAUUGUCCAAACCGCCCAUCUGUAGUGCACGCUAUUGUACGGAUACGCCAGUAGCCACUUCAACAACUCCGACUACAUCAAUCACAACAACUACAUCGACUCUUUCUUCUCAAUGUUAUAAUUAUGAAACUAUUGAUGAUGAGACAAGAAAUAAAGAUAAAAUCGGUGAUAUGGUUUGUGAUCAAAAUCUUUUCAGUUCCGGUCCACGUUGGGUUCGAUUUAUUGGUGCAGGUGGUACUCAAAUACCUACGGAAGCUGUUAGAUCUAAAAAAUGUGGUACUCAAGCAACAGGUUGGUACUCAGGUGAAAUGCCCAAUGUCUUCGAUACAACUACGAAUGGAAAUGUGUGUUUCGCGUGGGAGUCUAACGCUUGCGCAUGGAAAACGAACAUACUUGUGACUAAUUGUGGAUCUUAUUAUGUCUAUCAACUGAUUGCACCUCCAGUCUGCAAUGCGCGCUAUUGCACUGCCAAUGCACCAGCUGCCAAGAUAACCAAAAGAUCGUCGACAGCAUUCACAUCAAUCUCAAGUUACAUUCGUAGUUUAUUCAAGAAGCUGACAGAAUGA